GGAGUCACGAUAAACAGCGAAAUUGAAAUUUUUAAAAUUUCAAAUUUAGGCGUGUUUAGUGAAAAAGACAAGUAUGAAAUUUUAAACUUCUUAUGCCCAAAUGUCUCAAUAUGGUGCUACUUUACAAACGUACAAUAAUGAAUUGGUCAUGUAUAUUGAAAAGUUAACAUUGCAUAGAAAAGAAUUACAAACACAAAUUCUUCACCUGGAAGAAAAUAAGGCAAAAUUGCAACAUGAAAUCAGAUCAUUGAACGAACAACUUGGUCAAGUUAAUCAGCGUUUGGAAAAGAAGUUGGAAAUUCGUGACCAAUAUGAUAAACUAAUUAUGGAGACAGAACAGGCUUACUCAAAAAUACUGCAAAGUUCUCAAGCAUUACUGACCGUUCUUAAGACAGAAACAAUGAAUUUAUCAGAAAAAGAUAAAUCAAUGCAAGCUUCGGGAAAGGUCAAUCCUGAGAUUUAAAUGAAUUUUAAAACUAAACAAGUUUGUAUUUUUUAAAAUUAUUUUGUAUUCAAUAAAUUGCACAUCGUCUUUUAGAAUUUUAUUUAUUU